GCGACCUACCGUCCCCGUUUGAGUGACUAUCAUUUUGGUACACAAGUCAUUUUUGCUGUAAGCGGCAAUUGUAGGCAAAAUGGAGCAGAUCAUGCAGAUGCAGGACGAUAUCCACAAGCUCAAGAAGCUCAUGGACUCGGUAUUUGACAAGAUUGAGAACCAGUCGGAGCAGCGUCCGUACGAUACCGCCGACGCCUACGCGGACAAAGACCGAAUCGUCGAGAUGCUCAACCGACUGAGCUCCAGGAUGGCGGACGCUGACAUGUCGAACCUCACUGCGACGCCGACGAAGGACGCCACACCAGAGGACAUCGCGGAGCUAAAGCAGAGCAUCAACCGCAUAGAGGCGGAGCGCCAGAACAUCAAUCGCCGUGCUGGCGCAUCGCUCAAGGGAGUCUUGUAAAAUAUUCACGGGGACGCUCCUGCGCGUGUUAUUCACAACGAAUCGUCGCUGCUCUGUUAGCGUACUGCCGCCCCACUAAGCUCAAAUGUAUCCCUGAAUCUAGCAAAGUCCAUCGCUUGUCUCUCCGUUA